AGCAUCAGUCAGCCUCAUGCUCCGGGAGGCUCGCAUCGUUUGUAAAACAAUUAAAUAAACCGACUUUAAUUAUUUUGAGGUUAUAUCGACUUUUUUUUAGUUUAAUUAAAAUGUGCUCACUUAGUAUUACGUUAACGUGUUUUUUGAUGGUAGCUAGUUCGUGUGGUCAAAACAUCGAUGGAGCAAUUGGGUUUCCAGAAAAGGAGGAAAAUAAUAAAAUCAAAAAUAAAGAGAACCGGGAGCCCGUGUUUCUACCGUCGAUGUGCCCAGUGGACCAACUCUACUACCCCGGCGACCAGAAGGACGACUGGAUUUGUGACUGCAGGCCUUCGUACCUCUACCACCCAGCGACCGACAGAUGCUGGCCGGCCUACCGCCAGGGCCCUUGCAAGGAGAAAGAAUACCUCAUGCUACCAUCCAACACCUAUAUACCUGCUUGCGUGCCCAACCCAUGCUUGGCAGACACCUUCGUUCCAUGGAACAGGAAAUGCCAACAGCUUGGCUUGACGACCCCCUGUGGACAUCUAUACCCCAACUCAGCAGCACUAGGCGUCAAUGCUACAACUUUACGUAUUGACUGUGUAAAGUUAAAUAUAGAAUCUAGAUUCCUUGAGCCGACUGGUCAGUUGCCGAUGACGGUAGCGCCGUGCCCGCCGGGAUGCAAAAGAAGUAUAAAUGGGAAAUGUAAUCAUAAUUAGAAUGCGCAUACCUGCUCUUUGUUGCAACUUGUUAUUGCCUACUAGUACUAUUACAGUUAAGGAUAGAUAAUAUUAGGUAGGUAUAUGAAUUUAUUACAUAGUUGAUAAUACUUAGUCAAAA